CAUCUACUUCGUCUCCAAGGCCUCCGAAGACCCUUUCAAGGUUUAAGCCUUGGCAUACCACCACAACAACCACCAACGGCGCCUCUCUCGAAGAAGGGAACAUGGAGGGGAGACAGGGCGUGAUGGAGGUGUCCAAGGGAUUGCCUCCUCCCAACCCGAUAGCGCAGCUGCAGACUCGCUACAAAGAUCUGGAGGUGGGUUUCCGUGUGUGGCUCGCUAAGCAGUCUUUGCCCGUCGAGGCCGCCGUUGUCACCGUAACCAGCGCUGUUCAAGGUGCGGCCAUCGGUGCCAUCAUGGGCACUCUCACCAACGACGUCUCCUCCUCCUUCCCUAACCCUUCUUCUCAGGCUGCCCUCAACCCUCAAGCCAUGGCUUCUCUUAAGCAAGCACAGGCACUCUCUGGGGGGCCCUUUGUGCAAGCCCGAAACUUUGCUGUCAUGACAGGAGUCAAUGCUGGUAUAUCUUGUGUCAUGAAGAGAAUUAGAGGGAAAGAGGACGUCCAAACUAGCAUGGUGGCCGCUUUUGGUUCAGGGGCCAUGUUUACGCUAGUCAGUGGCAUUGGGGGCCCAAAUCAAGUAGCCAAUGCUGUUACCUCAGGACUUUUCUUUGCGCUGGUUCAGGGUGGUCUUUUUAAGGUAGGGCAAAAGUUCUCCCAGCCACCAGUUGAAGAUACGUUCUAUGCCAGAACAAGAGGCAUGUUGACAAGCCUUGGUCUCCAGAAUUAUGAGAAGAAUUUCAAGAAAGGCUUGCUAACAGACAGUACUUUGCCUUUACUCACGGAUAGUGCUCUUAGAGAUGUCAAAAUCCCUCCUGGGCCUAGGCUGCUCAUUCUUGAUCGCAUUCAGAGGGACCCAGAGCUGAAAGAGAGGCGAUGAGGCUUUAGCUUGCUCGGAUAAAAUGUGCUUUGUUUCCAAUUUCUGUGAGACAUUUUCCUCUUGUUAUAGAGAGAUCCUGCCAACUUUUGUUUUUAUCUUUCGUAGUAGCCAUUAUGAGAUGAACAUAUCUGGAACCUUUCUGAGAAUUUGUAAUAAUAGCUUAAGGUUUUGCUUUUUAACCGGGUGAUUCAAUUCGAUCCACCACAGUUAUAAAAAUGCUGCCAUAGGGCUCUCUACUGAA